AUGGCGCGCGUCUAUGCUGAUGUCAACGACCAUAUGCCUCGGUCCUACUGGGACUAUGAUAGCGUGAACAUCUCCUGGGGUGUCCUUGAGAAUUACGAAGUCGUCCGCAAGAUAGGUCGCGGAAAGUACUCGGAAGUGUUCGAGGGUAUCAAUGUUGUCAACUAUCAGAAGUGUGUCAUCAAGGUCCUCAAGCCCGUCAAGAAGAAGAAGAUCAAGCGUGAGAUCAAAAUUCUCCAGAAUCUGGCAGGUGGCCCCAAUGUGGUAGCUCUGUUGGACGUCGUUCGUGAUAGCCAAAGCAAGACCCCUAGCUUGGUGUUUGAGUACGUCAACAAUACGGACUUCCGGACUCUGUACCCUCGAUUCACCGAUUAUGAUGUCCGCUUCUACGUUUUCGAACUCCUCAAGGCUUUGGAUUUCUGCCACAGCAAGGGCAUCAUGCACCGGGAUGUCAAGCCUCACAAUGUCAUGAUCGACCAUGAGAAGCGGAAGCUACGCCUGAUUGACUGGGGUCUCGCCGAAUUCUACCAUAAGGGUACUGAGUACAACGUUCGCGUUGCCUCUCGCUACUUCAAGGGCCCCGAGCUGCUUGUUGAUUUCCAAGAAUACGACUAUUCCCUGGAUAUGUGGUCGUUGGGAGCCAUGUUCGCUUCCAUGAUCUUCCGCAAGGAGCCUUUCUUCCAUGGACAAAGCAAUUCCGACCAGCUGGUGAAGAUUGCCAAGGUCCUGGGCACCGAGGAACUUUUCGAGUACUUGGACAAGUACGAUAUCGAACUGGACCCUCAGUACGAUGAGAUCCUGUCCCGCUAUCCCCGGAAGCCCUGGCACUCUUUCAUCAACGCAGACAACCAACGCUUCAUCAGCGACGAAGCAAUUGACUUCCUUGACAAACUCCUCCGAUACGAUCAUGCUGAACGACUUACUGCCCAGGAGGCCAUGGCUCACCCUUACUUCGCUCCUGUCCGUGCGGCUGAGUCCCAGGCCGCCCGGAACAACGCCACGACUCAAUCAUGA